GCUGUGAAGCUAUUUGAAAUACCAUUAAAUCUCAUCAUCAAGUCAGAAAAAUAACUUUAAAUUGAUAAUAAUAAUUGAAUUUCGUCAGGCAGUUUACAAGCAGAACCAACAAAAACACAUUAAAAAUUACAAUUUGAAUUGUGAAAUUGAUGCGAAUUGAUUGCAACCGAAAAUAGUGAUAACUAUCCCAUAAUAUUUGGAAAAGCACCAGAAAUUGUGAUUGAUUGAUUAAACCAUGAGUAGAACAAGAUCAAGAGAGGAUCAAUUUAAUAUUCCACCCGAAAGGAAAGACGACAUUAAGAACCUUGUAGUCAUAAAACAAGGCGUCAAGUCAAUCAUACGGGAAGAAUAUCGCGACAGAGUGAUUCAGUUUUUGGAUCAUCGAAGCUACAAAAUGACACUGAUUUCGUCACUGGCAUCAUUGUUGGCGUUGUACAAAAUUCAAGAAGCCAUCGAUGAUGAGAACCGACAAUUUUUUCUACAAAACGGUAAAACAUUUUUCAUCGAGUGCUUUAACGGUGUUUUAGCCGAUAAAGUCGACAGAGAGGAACUAAUGCCGCCAGCUUUUCGUAACAUUGUCGAGGCACACUUCGGUGUAGAGAAUUUUGAAUGGCCCGAUAAAGAAUGCCUGGGAAAUGGUUUUAAUUAUUUCUACCAAGAUCACAUUCGAAAUAAUCAGACCAAUCUCAACACUCAUUGUUCAGAACAUGUUGAAUCGUUUUUUCAAAUGAAACGCUGGUAUUAUAACAUGAAUAUCAAUGGUCAUCAAUACAAUGGAUCAAAAUUUGACGGCAUCGAUAUACGAAACGCAAAAGUUUACGCCACUAGUAACAAAGAUCUGACACAUGGUGAUGUAGAGAGAACAAAUAAGAUGAACAUUUUAUUGUAUGAACUGGAAAGAAUCGGUUGGCAGUGUCAAAAAGUUCAUAAUGAACAAUUGGUUCCGGUCACUGUCAAUGAGUUCGUUAAGGACAAUUGGUUCCAAUCACUGUGGAUGUUCGGUCAAAUGCAACGCCAAAUCGAAGUGUUUCAUCAAUAUUCACAACAAUGGCAUGCAUUCCGUCGCGAUGGAUUGAUAACGAACAAUCGACCGCCAAAAGUGAACAAUUUCGCACUUGUCCCGUUAUGCCGAUUCCAACUGAAAAACGUUCGAUUGGAUAUGACAGAUAUGUAUUAUUUGGCGAACACUGUACUAGGAGUGGUGCCCAGUUCUCGCAAUCCGCUGACCAAUCGAAUGAACAAAUACACACUGGACUAUUACUUGUACGGCCAUCGAGAUGAAUUGUGGAAUUUGGUUUUCGACAUGGAUAAAAUCAAACAAAUCGGCAAGCAGAAGCGGUUUCACUCGCAAAUCAUCACCAAUAGUGUUUGCGUGUCAAUAUUGUACGAGAAGCCAGCGAAGGCUUGGGUGGAAAAUUCGGAGCAGGCCACAUUUAACAACAUGACAUAUGCUAGUGCCAUCGAUCCUAACGAGAAAACGUGGGUGGCCGUUGUGCGCCGCCAUAUCAAUUCAAACAUUGAGGUAAAUUAA